AUGGCUAUAGAUGGAAGAAAUGAAGUUAUGGUUAUAGAAGAAGAGUUAGGCGGACUAAAUUCAAGUAAUCAAUCAAUUUCAGAAGAUAUUGAAGAAAAUAUAGAGCCAUCAUUUUUACUAAGGAAGAAACGUCGUAUGUAUUCAAAUUUUCAAUUAAACUUAGAUUUGACAAGUGAUGAAGAAGAGUUUGAAGAAAUAGAUGAAGAAUUAAACAAUAAUUUAGUUAAGCGAUUCAAUGAAGAAUCAGGCGAAGAAGCUGAAGAAUUAGCUGAAGAAAUAGAAGAAUCAACAAAAGAGUCAGAUAAUGAAUGGCAUGAUGAAGAGUUAGAUGAACGAUUAGCAAAGGAAAAAAUUUAUAGUGAUAGUAAUGAAUUUGAAGACUAUUCUGCACCAAAUAUUGAUGAUAAUGAUCAGACUGGAUUUAAACCUAACUUUAAUCCACCUUUAGAAUAUGAAUAG